GCAAGGCUUGGUUGGGCGGGUAAUCGGGUCACCUGUUUAGCUGCAUUCCUCAGGGUGAACGCGCCCAUAUAAGUUAGGGCAGUUUCGCAAGCGUGGACGAGCUUUCUUUCUUUGAUUUCAGUGGACGGUGGAGUCGAAAUUUGGAGCUUUUUCUUUGGGUUAGAAGAGAACCAUGGAUCCUUCAGAAAUGAGAUAUCUCGAGGACAAUGACACUCCAACGAUGAAGACGAUUAAGGGUGCGACUUCGGGUUUGGUAGCUGGGACUAUUUGGGGAACAGUUGUUGCGACUUGGUACGAUGUGCCUCGUGUUGAGAGAAAUGUUGCGCUUCCUGGGCUUUUAAGGACUCUGAAGAUGAUGGGUAACCAUGGUUUGACCUUUGCUGCAAUUGGAGGGGUUUAUAUAGGCGUGGAGCAGUUUGUUCAGAAGUACAGGAUGAAGAGAGACUUUGUUAAUGGAGCUGUGGGUGGAUUUGUUGCUGGAGCCACUGUUUUGGGUUUCAAAGGGAAGAGUAUCAAGACAGCAAUUUCUGCUGGAGCUGCCCUGGCCGUCACUUCUUCUCUCAUUGAUUUUGGUGGUCAAACCACAAGGAUCGAUGUAGGGAAGGAGUACUACCCGUACACCACCGAGAAGAGGCCCUCCACUAGUUGAUUGUCCCUCUGUUACUGCUGUGAAGAAGUAAUGGGUGGUCCCUGGAAGAGCUAUUCUUCGUCUUGGGUGGGUCACUUCCUGCUGUAACCAGACCUGAAUGGGAGACUCGAAUAAAUCUACAUUUUUUUUUCGGUGGGGGGGGGGGGGGCUUCAGUGGUGAAUAUAAUCAACUGGAUAUGUCUCGUUUCAGGUUUUUUUUUUUCUUUUUGGUGGUGGUAAAUUUUCAAUUGAUUUUCAAAGGAAUGCUUAUGCAUAAUCGGAUCAUGAGAUCACUUCUGCUC